AUGGUUGGACCCCUCCUUUCCAGCUGUCCACUUCGAUUACUAGCCAUGGGGCUGCUAGCAAUGACUUUUUGUGCCAGCUCUAUGGAAACCGAAAAACAUGGAAACAGAAGGAGUCAGGAGAAGAAAUCUGGAUGGAAUGACUCUCUCACGGGACAAAAAACAAGCAGCCCUCCCUUGUCAUCAUCCAAUGACCCGGUAAGGACAAAUGCUACUCUCAGCUCACUAUUUGGGGUGUCUUUAACCCAUGCCUUAAUUGAAGUAAACCUUCCCCUUUGAAUUUAGCCCACAAGGGCUAAAAAUGGGGGUAGAGAACGGAGAAAAGAAAGUUGUGCCCGAGUAGGAAAGAGUAGGUUUUGCUUUGGAACGUCAUGUAGGGGAAUAUUUGCACAGGCAAGUGUGAAUGUAUGUCUCCGUCUUUUGCAAAUAGCUGUAGUCUCCUCCUAUGUGAUCCUAUGUGCAGGUAGGUACUUGGGAAUAGUUCCCACCGAGCUCAGUAGAACUAGGUAUGUAUAGCCACAAUCCAUUUUACUUCUGUUUUAUGUGUGUUGCCAUUUCAAUGUGGGUUAAAAUACUUCUGUUUUAAAAAGUGGUGGCCCUAAUAUGCCCACAUGCUUAUCUUUCACUGAGUAAAGGAAGAACACUUUGCCCAUUUUCCAGCUAGCAGUAACACUUUGAAAUGCCACUCCUUUCUCUAGAUUGUUCAGAUGUACAAAUCAAGGGAUAGCAACCUAUAUACUUGAGCAGAAAGGAGAGAGGGUGCUAACACUUUCCUAACUGCCCCCUCGUCCUGCAACAUGGAGAUGCUCCACUUUGACUGGUCUUUGUCUACAGCAGAGAUGGGGAACCUGUGGCCUUUCAUCUGUUGCAAGACUACAAGUCCCAUCAUCCUCUGACCAUUGGCCAUGCUUGCUGAGGAGUUAGAAGUCCAACAACAUAUGGAGAACUGCAAGUUAUCUAGCCAUCCUUGCAGGGGUGCCAACUUGAAUAAUAUACUGGGGGGCAGGUAAGCUCCACCCUGCAUAAUCAAUCACAAGGCGCAGCGUAUGCACACCAUUUGAAUGGCAAUGCCCAUCAACUUUGGGGGCCCUGGCCCCUCAAAUAUUUUAUUAGGGGGCUGAAGAGACCUCAGCCCCUAGAGGUUGGCUCCUAUGCAUCCUUGCUUCACAGCAACUGCAGUAGAUCAAGUAUAGAAGAUAUGUGAAUUCUUGGAAUUACACUGAAUUCUACUAGCAAAGAAUGCAGCUGGCCAAUCUACUGGCAUUACAGGGGGUCAGACUAGAUGAGCCUUGGAGUCCCUUCCAACUCUACAAUUCUAUGAUUCAAAGAUGUUUUGAAAUGGAGCUAUUUCCUCUGGUAUGAGAGAAAGGCCCAAGACAUCUGCGCUUGUUAAUAUGGAAAUCCUAUAGUCAAGCAUGACAGCAGUAUGCACUUCUUAACAUGUUACCCAGACCCUCCCUGGCCAUCUCCCAACCAUUCCCUUUCCUAGGGAACUGAUUAAAUCAAUUAAGCAGGGGCAUUUGCAAAGACCGAGGGCAUCUGCCAGCACAAAAACAUCUGGCAAAGUAUUCUUGCUGCAAAAUAAUGUAACAUUCAGCUUUCUAUAGGCACCUUCAGCAGUAAAACGACUCAUGGCAAAUAAGGCAGAUGAUGGAGUGUGUGUAGGGGUUUGUGUUGUAGGAGGGAGAGGAAGAUCCUGUAGGAUGCCCCUGUCCUGCCUACUUUCAGUGCUGGUGUUCAGCUCCCAUGAAGAAAUGCGGCUGUAAAAGGUUCCCCAUCUCUGUUGUAGACUGAAGGAAGCAUGAUUGACACAUGGAUACAGCAGACCUUAUGAAGAUGCUGAGCAAAGAUAAUCCUCAACAUAUGUUUUUGGGACAAUGUGGUGUGUGUGUGUGCGUGCGUUCCUGGUUGUUUCUGCCUUUCACAUGCCUUUUCUUUUACUUCUCAUUACAUAAAGGAAACUGCUGCAGGAAAGAUUCACAGGGAUGAAUCCCGGGCUGCUUGGAUGCUUCUUAUGAACAACGGGGUGAACAAUAAAAAAAGCAAAAAUAAAGCCAAAAAGUUCAAGGUGAGCAAUAUUAACAGUGUCCUCCUCUUGACUCACUUGUCUUCAAAGUCUGUUCAGAUAAGGGAUUCUGAGACCGUUUUCAUGUCUGCUGUGCACUCACUGCGUUUCCGGCGCAGCUCUUUAAUCAGUGUUCACAUGACGUUAUCCAAAAUGGAUAUGUACAAAAUACCACUGUUUGAUGAGUUGUUUCUCAAACCAGGCUCAUGCUGAUUGAAAUCUUAAGCUGUUCCUAAUUCAUCUCCAGUCAGGGUGUAAACACCUUUGCAUGGGGGGAAACUACAGAAAUGAAUCUGACACUAAUGAAACUGUGCUGAUGUGUACAGUUGUUGGGGGGGGGACUGUGGGUAACCCCCCCCCCAAGAACCCUUCACUGCACUGUAAGGCGGUAAUGCGAACAUGCCCACAGAUUGACAUUCUGAGCCUUCCUAACUGUUGGAGCCUCCCUAAAUUUAACCAAGACAAUUUAAAGCCCCCCCCCCAGCAGUGGUUCAUGGCUGCAUGCACUUUAAGAGACACAGAGAAAUUGCUGCACAGAAAUGAAAACCUUGUGAAAGAAAGAAUGCUCCCUCUAGUAAUAGUGUUUCACCAAAUCCCAGUCAUAGGAUUUUCAGCAUACAAGUUCCUAGAGUAUGGUCUGACAGGGACAUGAGGAGUGUGUGGGAACAACAUAUACACCACCUUUGGUUGCAUGAGAGAAGAAAGGCCGAAUAUAAAUGUACAAUGUGUGUUGUGUUGUGUUGUGUUGGUUAGAGUGUUGGAUCAGGACCUGAGAAAUGAGGGUUCAAAUCCCCAGUCAGUCAUUAGGUGACCUUGGGUCAGAAACGGUCUUUCUACCUAGCAUACCCCACAGGGUUGUUUUGAGGAUAAAAUGGUGGGCGGGGAGAACCAUAUGUGCCACCUUGAACACUUUGGAGGAAAGGUGAGAUUAAAAUGCAAUAACAGUAAAAGAAAUAAAAGGCGGAUAUUUAUUUCAUGAAUGGUUUGGGGAGAGGGAGUCAUGUUGAUGUUGAUAUGAGACGUAUCUUCCCAUGUGAACCUUUGCAAGUGAAAAGGACCUUUUUCUUCCCUCCUAGUACUGGAGCCCCUUUCAGGCAAUUAAGUAAAGCAUCUUGAAGCAAGAGCACAUCAGACAAACAGAAGCAGCCUUUAGGAGCCCAGAGACUGAGAGUUGAUGAUAGCUAGACAGACAAUAGGUUUGGUGGUUGAUGUGAAUAAAUAUGGAUCUAAAAUACUGUCCUGUAUUUCUUUCGGUUCUAGUUUGGCAUUCCAGGACCCCCUGGAGCCUUAAUCACCCAGGAGGAGCUGCUGAGGGAAUUCAGAUUGCUGCUUAAAGGUAUGGAGGUUGUUGCUCUCCAAGCAAACAUACAGUGGUACCUCAGGUUACAGAUGCUUUAGGUUACAGACUCCACUAACCCAGAAAUAGUACCUCGGGUUAAGAACUUUGCUUCAGGAUGAGAACAGAAAUUGUGCGGCAUCAGCGGGAGGCCCCAUUAGCUAAAGUGGUGCUUCAGGUUAAGAACAGUUUCAGGUUAACAACGGACCUCCAGAACGAAGUAAGUUCUUAACCCGAGGUACCACUGUAUUUGUUUGCCUUAGGCACAGAAUAAUGAAUUGGGCUCUUAAUAAUAGGUGAUUUUAUUUGACAUUCUUGUUGUCUUAAUGUACCUGCUGGGUUUUGAUGGAGACUUUACUUUUCGAGUUCUACUCUUGAGGACUAAGAUACGCUUAAAAUAUGAUAUUAGAUUCCUGCAUUACAGGGGGUUGGACUAGAUGACCCUUGUGGUCCCUGCCAACUCUACAAUUCUAUGAUUCUCUUUUGUUGGGUUAUUUGCUCCGGCUUUGAAUUUCCUUAAACCACAAACAUGAUUAAACUUGCAAUUAAAAGUGUGGCUGUUGGCAAGGUCAAGAAUAUUAAUCCAAUAAUAAUAAUUUAUUAUUUAUACCCCACCCAUCUGGCUGAGUUUCCCCAGCCACUCUGGGUGACUUCCAGUCAAGUGUUAAAAACAAUACAGCAUUAAAUGUUAUCUAAGAGUGCGGUAUCCAAGUUAAAAAGGUAUAUUCUAAGAGGAGUGCAAUCCAUGCCACUUUUCUGCUGUUAGAAUUCAGAUUCAGUCAGUGUUUUGUGUGUUUGAUGGUACGUAUCACCAGUAUAGAUUACCAGCUUCCCUUCAUUGCUGCCCAUGGCAGCCAUUAUGUGCUGGCACAUAAUGUCACACUGGAAUGCAAAUUCCAAGUGGACCUUCUGUUCUAGGAUACUGGUUUUCAUAUACAGGAAUUCCUCCAAGAAUUCUGCUAUUACACAGGCCUCUAAGACACCCUCUUCAGUAACUUCAACCUUGCAUCUUCUCCAGCCAAAGCUGGUAGGGAAACUCAGAGGUGAAGUGUGGGGGCGGGCGGGCGAGCAGGGGGCCAUGGCCCUGGGCAUACAUGUCUGAUAGGGCACAAUCAGGCGCCCCCACUACAGGUUCCUGUGGGGAGGCAAGGUAAGCCAAGCCACGUCCACGCUAGGCCUUCGGGGCUGGGGCAGUGGUAGUAGUAGAAGAAGAGGAGUUUGGAUUUGAUAUCCUGCUUUAUCACUACCUGAAGGAGUCUCAAAGCAGCUAACAAUUUCCUUUCCCUUCCUCCCCCACAACAAACACUCUGUGAGGUGAGGCUUAGAGACUUCAAAGAAGUGUGACUAGCCCAAGUAGUCUGCAUGUGGAGGAGCGGGGACGCGAACCCGGUUCCCCAGAUUACAAGACUGCCGCUCUUAACCACUACACCACACUGGCUCUCCUCUCAUAGUGCCUCCUUCUCCUCAUAGCCGGUAUCCUGGUGAUCCCCCAGCCCCUGGGGAGGGUGCAGCUUCUUGUGCUCCCCUUUGCUGUCCAACGACUCGUCCCCUGGCCCCGAUGCUGCCUCAGCUCUUCCGGGGCUCCCUGGGGGCUGUGCCCUGGCCCACUGGUCAUGCUGCCUGUGAGUUGGAGUCCAACAUCUAGAUUGCCCCCCCUUGCAAUCCAGAUUGGAUUCUGCCAUAACAUCAUCAUGCUCAGAUUCACCACUAAGCAGAAGUCAAUGAAGGGGAGCCGACUGAGGAUGUCAUGCACUAGACACUAAGGAGCAGGUGUGGCCUAGCAGUAGUCAUGUUUUCCCUUCCCCACCCAUGGGUCUGAGCUACAGUCACCAGGAUCCUAGCAAAGAUUUCCACUCUUAAACCGUGGGAUUUGUUACCACAAAGAUGUAGUGAUAGCCACCCAUGGAGGUUGCUUUAAAAGGGCCUUAACUUCCAUGAAUUUGCCUAGCAGUUAUCACUAGCCAUGAUAGCUAUGUACUACAUCUGAUGUUGGUGCCAAAAGUGUUUGUGAGUACUUGUUGAAAAUCACAUGGGAAGACUGCUGAUCCUUCCUGUGAGUUUCCCUUGGGCAUUUAGCUGGCCACUGUGAGAACAGAAUGUUGGACUUGUUGGAGCUCUGGUCUGAUCCUGCAGACUCUUAAGUCCAGUAUUUUUACUGCUCUAGAAACAGGUGAACAUACAUUCCUACGAGCCAGCUGUCCAAAAUAAUACGGAUUCACAAAGUCUUGGGGUUGGCUUGGGACUUCCUGUGUUAAGAUGGCUAUAGGCAUAUUGACUAGUGUGACCUUGUUGUGUUUGAAAGCAAGUAGGUGCAGGUUUGGACUUACAGAGAACAUGAGUGGGCCCAUGUAAUAGGGCUUUGUGUUUUGGCUGCUCAGGUGUAAUCAGGGAACGGGAAAGGAUCAGUCAGAAAGCCUGUGACAACUGCCAAGACGACGACGACAGGUCCAGAGAAGAUAACUUUCUGGCCCAGAUUAGUGGACCACUUCUAGAAAGCAGGGAGCAUGGGCGAGUGCAGGCAGCUUUCCACUGUCGGACCCGGAGAAACAUUUCAAUUGAACGGCGGUCAUUGCAAGAGCUUCAGUUCUAUUACAUAGUGAGUAGCUUGGUGUCAUUUCUUCUUGCAAAUGUCAGCAAAAGGGAAGGUAGUUUUUGCUUCAGUAUCCCUAACAAGACAACCAACCCUAUAAAUCCUGUCCUAAAACCACCCCCAAUCUCCUGAUUUCUAAGGGUAUUAGAGUGUGUUCUGCAACUGAUGAUCUAAAUAAUUGAAACCUGGUUUUCCAGAAUUUAAGUUGUCCCUGGAAAAAAUGUUUAGAUACACAAUAAAAACUCUGGAAGCUGCCACCAUUGAUGGAGAAAUAUCUUGGCACCAGGCUCUGAGUUUGUUUGGCCAAGCUAGUCAUAUGUCCUCCGUUAUAAAAUAUUGCCAUAUUUUGUUGUUCAUCUCAUAACUAUGCAUCCGUCUUAAGUAUGUUCACAAGUGAUCCACGUUUGGUCCCUUUUCCCUUUUAUGAAUGUCUGAACCUUGGUUCUUGAAGGACCUUCUUCAGCGCUCUACUUCCAUGCACCACAGGCAAAGCUGGAACAAUUUUCUCCCCCGCUUCAUAAUCCUUUUGUUGUUGUUGUUGUGCGUAGCCUAAAAAAGAAGAGAUGUUCCACCGUGGCCUAGGGCUAAACCUUAACAAUGGACAAUACAUAGCACCUUUCAGUGGAUACUACAUCUUCACUGCCACGUUGCAUAUUGGUAAGUGUUUAACUUAAAGUGAUACUGUGUUGGGUUCUUCAAGAUAGAAAUGCUAAGCAAUUUGGGGCUGGCAGUUAAUUAUCCCCACCCCACUCUCUUACCAAUGUUUUUAAAGUAAAGUGCACAUUCUAGAAAUAAGAAUCUGGAAGCAGUAUGGAGUUUGACAUUAUCAACUCCAGUUCUAUAAACACCUUGGGUAAUAACAUAGCCCUGAAUUCAAGGAGAAACGUAGCAGGGGAGGAUUCUGUAAGCAUCUUUAGUAAUGACAUAAAAAGUUGACUUAUCAGUGUAAUGUUAGUGUUGGAAUUUGCUUAUCAGCUUCAAGUGGAUGUCUGAUUUCAGCUGAGCAUUCUCUGAGGCAAGCUGAAUAGCAACAUAAAGGUUGCAUAUUGAACAGAGCAAAGUUCAGUGAAGCUCUGAACCUUGGGUAGGCCUUUUAGACACUGUCAGAUAGCCUCCAGCUGCUGGGGUCAAGGAUUCCAGCGCAGCAGCAAGUUGCUGACUAGUUGCUGCCUUUUACAGUUCCAGAGGUUCAGCUAAAGAAGAACCAGCCCCGCACCCGCGAACGCUUGCGCUUGCUGAUCUGCGUUGAGUCCCUCUGCCGACAGAACAUGUGAGUGUGUGGAGUAGAAAUAGUAUUGUUUAGGAAAGCAGCCAGCUAGAAUUUAUUUCAGUUCCAAUUCAUUUCCACUCUGCUACAUGCUCCUGCUUUCUAUGUUUUACCGUACGAAAUUCACACUUAAUUUCAACUCUGUUGUAAGCUACCCUGAGAAGCCUAUAAAUGAGGAAAUAGUAACUUCCUUCUUGACCUACCUUGAAGGCUGAAUAUACAUAGAUUUUCAUAUAUAUUCUUACUCUCCAAGCAAACUUAUUGGGCUGGUUAUAUGCUAAGCAACUAGUAACUGCUUGCGGAGGAGGUCUGAAUCCAAACUAUACCUGCAAGCUGACUUCAGAGGGGCUCACUGGAUUACAAUGAGCCUCUUUGAACUUUGACAGGUGCUAAAGUUGGUCCAGGGUAGGAUGAAGGAUCUGGCCGCACUCCUGAACUAGUCCAAAUGAUACACAGUGAACACUGAUGAAUGAGGAUUCUGACCCACUCACCCACAUCCAAACCUAACUCUUUCCAGUGUACCCACCAUUCAUCAAUUAAAGUGGUGGAUGGCCUACCCUGUUAUUUUCUAAGACUGUUCAUGUUGAUGAAGUGUCUUUUGCUUUCAGUUCUCUGGAAACAGUGAGCAGGUUGGACAGAAACAAUGAACAUUUCACAGUUUCAAUCCAUGGAAUUCUAUUCCUGCAGGUGAGUAAAAGCCAUGAAGGAAAGUUGUAACAUGUUGUCAUAACCAGCAGUGCUUCGUGACACAAAUAUGGCAAAACAUCUGCAUUUUGUUCUCUCCUGAAUAAAAAAUGCUGGCAACAGCUAUUAAACGCAGGCUUCCCUAUAGCUGUUGAGUAACUGGAGGCCUUUAGCAUGAAAUUAUAAAACAAUUUGCUACAAGCAAAGUAUGCAGCCUCUUUAAAAGGUAGCAUAGGCACUAGGUAUAUCUGAACAAUCCGAGGGACGGCACCAAUUUUGGCAUAGAAAUCUGUCUUGCUUUGCUUACCCACCUUUAUCUUCUCUGUUCCAGGCUGGCCAGUAUGCUUCAGUUUUUGUAGACAAUGCAACAGGAUCCACCCUCACUGUUCGAAGUGGGUCUGACUUUGGUGCCGUCCUCUUGGGGAUUUGA